GGAGCGGCGGCGGGGAGCGGCGUCCCCGGCUCCCGCAGCCGGCUCGGGAGGGCGCGGCGAGCUGGAGCAGCGCCGCCGAGGCCUCCGCGGUGAAGCUCAACGAGAAGGCGAGCAGGGAGAAGAUCCUGACGCUGGAGUCCAUGAACCCCUACGUGAAGGCGGUGGAGUACGCGGUGCGGGGCCCCAUCGUCCUCAAAGCCGGCGAGAUCGAGAAGGAGCUGCGCAAGGGAAUCAAAAAACCUUUUACUGAAGUAAUUAAAGCCAACAUUGGAGAUGCACAUGCAAUGGGACAGAGGCCAAUCACCUUCCUUCGUCAGGUAGUGGCACUGUGCACAUACCCAAACCUGCUGGACAGCCCAAGUUUUCCAGAAGAUGCAAAAAAGCGAGCCAGACGGAUCUUGCAGGGUUGUGGAGGUAACAGCUUAGGAGCUUACAGUGCCAGUCAAGGUAUAAAUUGCAUCCGUGAAGAUGUUGCUUCAUAUAUUGAAAGAAGAGAUGGAGGAGUUCCUGCAGAUCCAGAUAACAUAUAUCUUACCACUGGGGCAAGUGAUGGCAUUGCUACAAUUUUAAAGAUCCUGGUCUCAGGAGGUGGAAAAUCCCGAACAGGAGUGAUGAUCCCUAUACCACAAUAUCCCUUAUAUUCAGCAGCCAUAUCUGAACUAGGUGCCAUCCAGGUGAACUACUAUUUGGAUGAAGAAAAUUGCUGGUCUCUAGAUGUGAAUGAACUUCGCCGCUCCUUGAAUGAAGCUAAGGCAUAUUGCCAUCCAAAAGUCCUCUGCAUCAUCAACCCAGGAAAUCCCACAGGACAGGUGCAAAACAGAAAGUGCAUUGAAGACGUGAUACACUUUGCUUGGGAAGAGAAACUUUUUCUUCUGGCUGAUGAGGUUUACCAGGACAAUGUGUACUCUGAAGGAUGCCAGUUUCAUUCCUUCAAAAAGAUUCUGUACGAGAUGGGACCUGAGUACUAUAACAAUGUUGAGCUGGCCUCUUUUCACUCUACAUCUAAGGGAUACAUGGGCGAAUGUGGCUACAGAGGAGGUUAUAUGGAGGUCAUCAACUUGCACCCAGAAAUGAAAGGACAGCUUGUUAAGCUGCUUUCUGUUCGCAUUUGUUCUCCAGUCUCAGGACAAGCAGCAAUGGAUAUUGUAGUAAAUCCUCCAAUACCUGGAGAAGAAUCGUAUUCACAGUUCAUAAAGGAGAAGGAGUCUGUUUUGAACAAUCUUGCCAAAAAAGCAAAACUGACAGAAGACAUGUUUAACAAGGUACCAGGAGUUCACUGCAAUCCGCUUCAAGGAGCUAUGUAUGCUUUCCCACGGAUCUUUAUCCCUGCCAAAGCCAUUGAGGAAGCAAAGGCUCAUAAAAUGGCACCUGACAUGUUAUAUUGCAUGAAACUUCUGGAAGAGACUGGAAUUUGUGUUGUACCUGGAAGUGGAUUUGGCCAAAGAGAAGGAAGCUACCAUUUCAGAAUGACCAUACUUCCUCCAAUAGAAAAGCUGAAGAUCCUACUGGAGAAAAUGAAAGACUUCCACAUAAAGUUUCUUGAAAAAUAUGCAUGAAACUGCUGUGGCUUUUUCCUCCAUCCCCUCCCUUUCAAGGUGAACGCAGAAAAUGAACAAGAAUCUGUUAAAACUGUGCUGUUCAUCUAAUUAAA